AUGGAGUGGCAAUUCGAUCGCUUUGUGAAAGAUGCCGGCUGUUUCGACGCGCCCGAUGCACUGACCUGUCUCCGCUCUAUCGACAUCAACCAGAUCCAGGCUGCAAAUGUCGCGUCACCAUUCCCCGGCACCACUGAUACACCCCUUGUGCGCUGGUAUUUCCUGCCUGUAGUGGAUGACGACCUCAUAGUCGACCGUCAGUACAAUCUCUUCGAGCGAGGGCGAUUUGUCAAGGUCCCGGUCAUGGUUGGCGACAACACUAACGAAGGCUCAUAUUUCGCGUUUAAUGCGUCCACCAAGGCUGAGGUUGCCCAGUUCUUCAAAAACUAUUAUUCGGAACUGAAGAAACACCAGCUAAAGACCAUCAACGGUGUUUACGAAAAAGCGGCCAUCUUGCCUUACCACGCCAAAUACUUCUCGCUGGCAUCCGCAGCAUACGGCGAUGCGACAUUUGUCUGUCCGGGCAAUCACAUUGCCGCCUCUAUCGCCAGCCAUCUCUCCCCAGAUCAUGUAUGGAACUACCGGGUCAACGUGCAAGACCCACCAAGCGUGGCGCAAGGACUAGGGGUUCCGCACACGAUCGAAGUCCCGGCCAUUUUUGGUCCGGGGUAUACCGGCGGGCAAUCUUCCUUCGAGACGGUCAACGCCGCGGUGGUCCCUGUGGUCAUGAAUUACUGGUUGAGCUUCGUUCAGUCGCUCGAUCCGAAUCCACACCGAUACCACCGUGCACCGCAAUGGCACUCCUGGGGUAGUGGAACUGGGAAGCGGAUGCGACUGGAAACGAACAAUACUGCGAUGGAACGAGUUCCGCGGGAUUCCACAAAGAAGUGUGAAUUAUGGCGUAACCUGGCACCUGUGAUGCAGGUGUAA